ACUGUUGCUCUUCGGCCGCCGAUCAUCCGGUUGAUUGACAUCAUCGUAAAAAUUAGUGGAUCGGAGCCCGAAAACACUUCAAACAGAGUCCGAUGGCGCAGUGGACGAUACUUUUGCUUUUUUUGUACGGAGUUCUGCAUGGACAAGAGAUUCAGCCUCCCGCUGUGCAAGAGUGCUGUCAGGAUGGGAGGGAUCGGGCCCUGGUAGGACAAGACUGUACAAUCCUCCCCCUCAUCUCCUCUUCACACAUCUGCAGGAUUGCCCAGGAGCAGUGCUGUGCAGCGGCAGCCGGAGACCAACUCUGUGACAACGGCAUCAAGAUGGCCCGGGGACAGGGGGCCUGCGAGAGGCCCUUCUUCCAAGGAGACCCCUGGGAAACCAGAAUCUCUAAGAUGUGUUGUGACUGCUGCACGCUCGGCCUGAUGACGGCGAGCCGCGGGUCGAGCUGCGAGCUGCGGGGUUUGUUGCUGGGGAGACAGUGCGCGCACGCGGCCAGAACCUGCUGUGGCAAAAACACGACAGAGGAAAUCAAGCCGACUGAUAAAGAACCAGUGACAGAAAAGCCCACGCCCAGCGUUACUGCCAAGCCUCCAGAGGGAUCGGACACCUGUAGAGACUCCACUUGCUCCCAGUUGUGCGUGGGAAAUGGUACAUGUGCAUGCCAUGAUGGUUAUCAACUGCAAAACGAUGGCGUGAACUGUGAGGAUGUUAAUGAGUGUCUGACUGGCAGUCACAACUGCGUCAUCGGCCAAGUUUGCAUUAACACAGAGGGCUCCUUUCGCUGUCAGAGGGAAACCAGCUGUGGCACCGGGUAUGAACUCAGAGACGACAACACUUGCCAAGACAUAGAUGAGUGCACUCUGGGAACCCACAACUGUGGACCGGACUUUGUUUGCACCAACACGGUUGGCUCAUUCCGCUGCCACCCAAAGGAGAGAUGCGCAGAUGGUUUCAUUCAGGACGCGGCUGGCAGCUGUAUCGAUAUAAAUGAGUGUGUAGCCCAAACCAGUCCAUGCCUGCCUGGCCAGACUUGCAUCAACACGGUGGGCUCCUACACGUGUCGCAGGAACACAGUCACCUGCGGACGAGGCUAUCAUUUAACUGAGGACGGCACACGUUGUGAAGAUGUGGAUGAGUGUCGUGCAGGCAAUGUUUGUGGCGGCCAUGGUUGUGUCAACCUGCUGGGCUCGUACCGCUGUGAAUGCAGAAUUGGCUUCAACUUCAACAGUAUCACCAAACUGUGUGAAGACAUCAACGAGUGCAGGCAUUAUCCCGGACGACUCUGCGCCCACAAGUGUGAGAACACGGAGGGGUCCUACCAGUGCAGCUGCACCACUGGCUUCAAGCUGUCCCAUGACGGCAGAAACUGUGAAGAUGUCAACGAGUGCGACGCCAACCCAUGCAGCCAGGAGUGCGCCAAUGUCUACGGCUCCUACCAGUGCUACUGUCGCCGUGGUUACCAGCUGAGCGACAUUGAUGGGAUAACAUGCGAAGACAUUGAUGAGUGUGCUCUGCCGACUGGAGGGCAUGUGUGCUCCUACCGCUGCUCCAACGCCCCAGGGAGUUUUUACUGCACCUGCCCACCAACAGGCUACACCCUCGCCUCCAAUGGACGCACAUGCCAAGACAUUGAUGAAUGUGCAGCGGGGAGCCACACCUGUUCCACGACUGAAAGCUGCUUCAACAUCCAGGGAGGAUUUCGCUGCCUGUCCUUCGCAUGUCCUCCAAACUUCCGGCAAGCAGCACAGGGACCCAGAAACGAUGCUUCAGUCAACGUGCGCUGUAUCAAGGCCUGCCAACCCAACGACAUCGGCUGCACUCUCGACCCGGUCCACCUCAUCACCCACACCGCCCUCUCUCUGCCAACCUUCAGAGACUUCAGAGACCCAGAGGAUAUAGUUUUCCUGCGGACGGUUGCGGCGGCUAACCCUGCUCCUAUACCCGGAGCCACUGAUGUUUUCUUUGACAUCCUGGCUGCAGAUGACCAGCUCUCUUUUGAUGUGCAGAAGCGCUCCCACCAGGGCAUGAUUAUGGGUGUGGUUCGGCAGGUGAAACCUAUCAUUGGCCCCAGGGACCUUGUGUUGGACGUGGCUAUGAACUAUGUCAAGUCAGGGAUCAUUUCCCAUCGCAACGUCGUCAUCAUCCAUGUCUUCAUCUCUGAGUUCUGGUUCUGAGCUGAGCUAAGAAGUGAAUGAAAGUGCUGAAUUAGUCAUGCAACGGCCUGGCAAAUAUUAUUUAAAUAUAGUUUUGAAAAUCAGCAAGAUAAGAUCAACCAAAUCAUCAGAUUUGGUUCAUUUGCAAGAUGCACUGAAAACAGUUACAGAGUUGCAGCCCAUCCAGGGCGUUAGUUCACAGCAGGUCUUUGUCAUUUCAACACAGUAUAUACCAAUCAAACAAGAACAUUAUCAGAAGAUACUGGACUAAGAGUCCAGUGUUUUGAGCCAACGCUAAUGUCAGCAUGCUGACAUGAUUGUAGUCACAAUGCUAAUGUUUAGCAGGUAUAAUACCAUGUUAACCAUUUCAGUUUAGUCUGUUAGCAUGCUAACAUUUGCCAAUUAAUGCUAAACACAAAGUACAGCUGAGGCUUCUGGGAAUGUUGCUAUCGUAUUUGGUCACAAACCAAAGUAUAGUAGAAAUUUUUCACCGCAUGGAAAAGUUAAGGGAUCAUCAAAGUUAUUAAAAUUCAUCCUGUGGGGCUCAUGAAUGUCUGUGCCACAUUUCAUGAAAGGUCAGCCAAAAGCUGUUGAGACAUUUCACUCAAAACCAUAAAUGGCAACCUCAUGGAGGCGUCAGAGGAGCAGCGAGGGGAGCUCCAAAGUUAUAAGUUAUUAUAUACAUCAUGUGCGAACCAUUAAUAUCUGUAUCAAAUGUUUGCCACUCCAUCUGAGAGUAGUUAAGAUAUUUCAGUCUGGACCAACCAACCAACCAACAUUACCGUCCUUAUAGCCAAACGAUUAAGUUAUUUUUCCCCCCACAAAACAGACUCAUUCCUCACUUGACCUCACCCACAAAUGUGUUGAACGUUACAUACCUUUUAUAAGAGUUUAAUUAAAUAAUGUAAUUGAUUAACAGGGUGCAAUCAUCUUCUUAACCACUGUCCUCUGUGUUUCACUUGAAUCCAGACUGUAGACUGUUGGUUGAACUGUGGAACUAUUCGAUAUCUGCUCUAUUUCAUCUGCGAGGACAGGCCAGAUGCGACAGGCUUCAUUUGAUAAUAAAAUGUUUCAUCUAUGGACUUGCUUUGAACAUUGAUUGUGUUUUGUAGCCUACCAUCAGACUGUAUGACCAUCUGUGAAU